GGCUGCUAGUGCGUCGAUUCGUCUGGAAAGAAGCAAACCAAACAAACGGCUGAUCUUGAAACAAAUAAUCCCCGAAACUCGACAUAAGUGUCAGUUACGGAAUUGCACCUUUCUUUCGAGAUUCAAAAUAACUUACCGUUAAUAUGAUUUUCGAUGCAGUUAAGAGAUUUUUUGGUAUCUCUGGCUCUGACUCCUCAAGGAAUGACAAUCAUCUUGAUGUCUCUAUAAAAUUCAAUGAUCGAUUGGUGCCUCACAGUCAGAUUCCUCCAGAAAUUAAUGAAAUAGGUUCAGAUUUUGCCCAGAUGGGUUCAGACAUUGCCCAGGUACAUAAGUUCAUGGAAGAGCAAAUGCGCUCAAUGAUGGGUUCAUUCGGAUUCAUAUUUGGUGGCCCUUUCUCAGAAAUUGGAGUUGAAGGACAUCCUCAGUUUCCAUUUUCUCCUGGAAUCCAGGAUAUUCCCUAUAAUGAUGGCUCCUCCCAAGUCUCCAAAUCAGGCCCGCCUGCCUUGGAUCCUAGGGAUGAGAUGCUUAAACCACAAUUCAGAUCCAGGUCCACAGAACAAUGGAGUGGACAAGAUCACAUCCUUGACGAAAGGUUGAGCAAUGAGGGCCUUGGUUCAGUUAUUCAGGAUUUAAAGCCAUCAAAUGAGUUGUAUGAAAGAAAUAAUCCAGUGUUUGGUGGCUUCCCAUCACUUUUUGGGAAUGGUGGUAUUUUCGGGCCUGAUUCAUUUAGCAAUGGGUUAAUGGGAAAUAUCCUUGACUCAACAACGUCCAGUUCCACAGUUACUAUUUAUUCAAAUGUUAACGGACAUAAAUCAAUGGAGAAAAUAGUCAGGCGUCCAGAUGGGACAGUUGAAAGAACUGUAAUAACCGGUGAUGAUAAACCAAGUCUACCAGAUUUAUGAGUCAAUAGUCAAUCAGUUAAACUUACAAUUGGUUAUUUCAGUUUUUAAUUUAAUGCAGGCCGGAAGUUUUGUGAGGUUUAUUUUGGUGUCUGGGUAAAUUAUGAGAUUAAAUAGUGAAAACAAUGCA